GGUGGCUGGGAGAAGUGAAUGACCGCUUUCUCAUUUGUACGUACGCUAGCAUGUUAGCGAGCUAAUUUUAAAUAUUGACACUAGGCAAAACCGAAUUGUGGAGUGUUUUGAAUCACACACAAUGGAUAUUGAUUUCCUUCUAAAAGUAAGUAUAGUUGUUUGCCUCCGAGGGAUGUAAGUCAGAUCCUACCUCAGCAAGCUAAAGGAAUGACUGUUCGAUGGGUUCUGGAUACUUAUGCGUUUACCUUCAGCUGGCUGGGUAACCUGUGGCAAACACAUGCUCUGCGUCACUUACCCCACAGGCUGCAGGUGAGGAGGCACCUGGGCCACCAGGCUGGCUGCCUCAGCUGGAGGCUGGUACAGAGUGCGAAGAGGCAGGGCCUCAGGGGCUGGCUGAGGCAGCGAGUGGGCGUGGCCCAGCUGAGCACCUCGGCGUGCCGCGCCUCCAGCAGUUUGAGCCACCGGAUGUCACGUCUCAGGAGCACGCUGGAGUCCGUCUCCAAGGCCGUCAGCGGGACGCACUCUGAGCUGCUCUCCCGAAUCGCGCGUCUCAAACUCGCCUCGCUGCAGGCGGGACGGGGGCCAGAGGUCGCCCCCGAGACCAGAGCCGAGAGCCCGGGGAGCGGGGCUGCCCCCGCCACUGAGCCCCUGCGGGAGGAGGGGUCGCUACCGGCGGAGACGCCUAUUCCAGCCAAUGAGAGUCUGACCCUCAUGUCGACACCAGCCAAUGGGACCCUGACACCCGCAUCAACACCCGCCAAUGAGAGCCUGGCACCGGCCACGACACAAACCAAUGCAAGCCUAACACCCCCUCCGACCCAAGCCAGCGGGAAAUUGACUCCCCCUCCAACCCAAGCCAAUGGGGGGCCUGCGCCCCCUUCGACCAAAUCCGGGCCCAGCGUAUCCACGGGAACUGCAGUUACGAAAUCAACUGCGGAGCUUUUCCAUCCCAGCUACCUAGCUGCCAAUCUGGGUGAAACGUACAGUUACCUGGCCCACCACGUGAACGCCUAUUUCGGGAGCGCGGUGAAGGUGGAGGAGAAGAAGGCGGAGCACACGGACGGCAGUGCCAGUGCCAAAGCCUCCGUGCUGGACCCCGGCGGGCCCCUGCAGAGCGCAGGGGGCCACGUCCCUGUUCCCGUGCCUGUGUCUGACCGCGUGUCUCCAGAGCCUGCAGCUCUGACUGCCGCUCCUGACGUAGCCCCUCCUGCUCCAGCUCCCCCUACCUCUCCCAAGAAGAGCAUCGGACAGUACCUGACCAACCCCGGGCCCAGCGUGCAGGCCUUUGUCGGCAGUUACAUCGCCCCACUGGUCCCCAAAUUUCGGUCCGAAUCCAAGAGCAUAGCGGUGGAGAAGGACAAGCCACCCCUGGCAGAGGAAGCAGCCCUAAAGCCGGUGGAAACAGCGGAGAGCAAAGAGCAGAAGGCGGCCGAAGACAGGGCCAAACGUCUGCUGCUGCAGAGGGAGAAGAUCAUUGCCAGAGUGAGCGUGGACAAUCGAACCCGAGCGCUGGUCCAGGCGCUGCACCGAGCGUCCGACGUCAAGCUGUACAUCCGGAGGGUGGAGGACCUGAGCUACCACCUGCUGGAGUUCCCCGAGACCCGUGGCGUGGCUGUCAAGGAGAAGGUGGUGUCCUGCCUGCUGCGUCUCCGGCAGGCGAGUGACCCCACGCUGCAGGCGGCGGUGCGCGAGGCCCUGGCCCUGGUGGGCUACAGCGACCCCGUCAGAGGCAGGGGCAUCCGUGUGCUGUCCAUCGACGGAGGAGGGACCAGGGGGCUGGUCGCCCUGCAGACUUUGCACCGGCUGGAAGACCUCACAGGCAAACCUAUCUACCAGCUGUUUGAUUACAUCUGUGGCGUCAGCACAGGGGCCAUACUGGCCUUCAUGCUGGGGGUCUUCCAGAUCCCUCUGAAUGAGUGUGAGGAGAUGUACAGGCGGCUAGGCUCUGACGUCUUCAAGCAGAACGUCAUCGUGGGCACGGUGAAGAUGGGCUGGAGCCACGCCUUCUACGACAGCGAGGCCUGGGAGACCAUCCUCAAGGAGAGAAUGGGGCCAGAUCUCAUGGUGGAAACUGCCAGAAACCCCAGAUGUCCGAAGGUGGCAGCAGUGAGCACUUUAGUGAACAGAGGGACACCACUGAAGGCCUACGUGUUCAGGAACUACAACCUGCAGCCAGGGGUUCGAUCGCACUACUUGGGCAGCUGUCAGCACAAGCUGUGGCAGGCCAUCCGCGCCUCGUCCGCCGCCCCGGGCUACUUCCAGGAGUUUGUGCUGGGGAACGACCUGCACCAGGACGGAGGGCUGCUGAUCAACAACCCGACGGCGCUGGCCAUCCACGAGUGCAGGUGCCUGUGGCCCAACACCCCGCUGCAGUGCGUGGUGUCCCUGGGCACCGGCCGCUUCGAGAGCCUGGGCAAGAACAGCGCCACCUACACCAGCCUGAAGGCCAAGCUCAGCAACGUCAUCAGCAGCGCCACCGACACCGAGGAGGUGCACACCAUGCUGGACGCGCUGCUUCCCCCGGACACCUACUUCCGCUUUAACCCCUUCAUGAACGAGGACAUCGCGCUGGACGAGAGCCGCAGGGAGAAGCUGAACCUGCUGCAGACGGAGGGCAUGCGCUACCUGGAGCGGAACGAGGAGAAGCUGAGGAAGGCGGCCGGCGUGCUGCUGCGGGAGAAGAGCCGCAUGCAGAGGCUGGCCGAGUGGCUCCGGCUCAAGGCCGACAUGUACGACGGCCUGCCCUUCUUCUCCAAGCUCUAGCGCCCACGAGUCUGCCUCCGAACCCACCCCCUUUCAGCCCAGGGGCUUCCCCCCGAGAGAGGGCAGCCCGCACGGCGAGGCAGGGAGCUUCCCUCCAGACCGUCUGUGGUCCUUAGCCAGGUUACCGUCACUAUCAAGCAGGCCAGUUUUAGUGAGCGCCACCCUUUGGCAGCAGAUUGCUUUGUACCUAGUUGUGUUGUUAGCGAUAGUUAGCUUCGUGAACUUCAUGAAGCUCAUUUGGGUACCAGCAAACAGAUCUGGUCAAGUUAAAUCUUUUGGGUUGUGACGUAUUUCACAGAUAAUUUGGAGAUCUUUUUUGACCAUAAAACCAAUGGUUUUAAAUCCAGUGUUUUAUUUAUUUUAUUUUUCCUCAUUACUGAAACAGUUCCAUGACAAGCAGGCAAAGAUGGGGCUAACAUGAGAUGCAAUCAGGUACAAAGCAGUCAGUUUCUAAUGGGUGAGCCGUACUGGAAUUAGCCUGCUUGUUAAAUGAGCAGAGCAACCACAUACAGGUUCAGAGUAAUAAAUAAGCAAAGGUGAGUUCUCUGCCUCUCCUGUUUGUGGCUCUCUCGCUGUCCCAGAGAGCUGUCCCUGUGUCCCGUAAUCACCCCUGUGACUGUAAAAAUGUCCCUUCCUGUUCCAGACCUCGGCGACCCACAGACUUGCCCCUCCAGCAGUGUGCUGCGUGUGUUUUUAAAGGGACAGCAGGUACACUACAGAUGGCACCACAAUCUCUCUGCACGAGUAGAGUAAAAUGGAUACUGUACUGGAAGUGGAUGUAUGUCCUCCUCAGACAAAGCACUUUUCACUGCUGAUUAACUUUUUAAGCAUUACUAUUAGUGAUGAUUCCUCUCACUGUAUUUAUUUGUACUAGAAUGUCGUUCCUGAAAGGGGGGGGGGGGGGUGGAGUUAACUUCAAAGGUAGUUUCUUUGAUGUUGACUUGAAGUGACGAUCCCAGUCUGCCGUAAGUGGCCUCUCCUCCACCCUCCAAAGCAUUUACCUCAGUAUUGUUUUACCGUAAUAUCCAGCAAUAUGCUCAAUUCCCUCAUACCGCCGUUAAACAGAGUGGAUGCAGACAGUGCAUUCAGUUUUACGCCUCAGCUUGGUGGCAUAGAGGUUAUGAACUAAAACUGCUACUUACAAAUUAGAUGACUGAGAAAUUGACAUUUCGUUGCACUUUUUUAUCCAUAUGCAGCUAAUGGUCCAUUUUUGUGUGCUUUGGAGUGGUACCAGGGAAACAAGAAAGACAAAAAGUUGUGUUUACCAUAUUGUGUAUAUAAUUUGUUCUGGAAACAUUAGGAAGAACAGAGUCACAUGACCAGCUUUGCUGAAAUACAGAGCGUAGGUGUCUCUGUAGGGCAGAUCCAGCAUAGCAGAGAUAUCCUGUCACCUAGUCUGAUGACUGCAUUGAAAAAGAGGAUUGUUUGAACAAUACUACUUACGAUGCAUGUGGGCUUGUUUUCCAUCGUAUUCAGUUCAAUUCACAUGUACAGACUACUUUGAAAAUACAUUCGUACUUAAAAUGUAUUGCUAUCAUGAAGUUCUCUCAUGUGUUGCAGGGAAGAGAUCUUCUGAGAUCAAGAGUUUUUAGUUUAAUUUUAAGGGAGGAUUAUUUAUCUGGAUGCUAGCAAGUAGUAAAAUAUUUGUAUAAUAGAGAAGCCUAGGUUGAAGCUGGGACAGUUAGGACUGCUCUACUCGCACUUUGGUGUGUCAUGGUAUUUCUUGCUGUUCGUGUUCAGUUAAGUACUGUAUAUUGAGACUGGUUUGAUUUGUAAAAUUAUAAAGCUGCUCAAUUUUCAUUUGCUGAGAGUUUGCUGUUAUUUCAAAUCAGAUGGACAGAUCCCGGAUGUUGCCUAAUUUGAACUUGAUGAAGAAAUUAAAUUGAAGCAAAGAAGCAAUUUGUAACUGCACAUGUGAUAAUUUUGAUUUUUUUGAUCACUCUUAUAACUCUUUUAACAAAUUAGCAAAGGCCAUUGAUGAUGUUGAUUUGUUGUGAUAUUCAGCUCAUUGUGAACACCAGUCACCCAUAUUUUCUGUAAAAGGAGGAUGUCAGAUGUAAUGUCAAACAGAGGAACUAAAACUUGUUUCAGAUCCACUCUGGAUGCUGGUGUGUUAUUGUUCCUGAUGAACCGAUCUGUAAUCAGGAUGGCCUUGGGUGUUUACUGUGUAUAAGGUGAUAAGUGAUGGAUGAACUGCCACAAUCAGGCUGAUCCCAGU